GAGUCGUGCCUCCUCUCCACAAGUCUCGCUCCGGGGACAGAAGGAGACCGGGAGGACCACCGAUGGCUCUGGCAGCGCGCUUGGAAGUCCUCUGUAGUUGUUGCUAUGCUACCGUCACAGCGCACGCAGCCAAAUCAUCAGUAACUGGUCUCAAUGAAAAGUCCCCUCCGAGCGGGAAGCCAAUCAUCAGACGCGAAAAAUCAAGCAGUUCUCAUCCCAGCAGAUCGAAGACAGCAGAGGAUGAUGGGGUAGCCAACAGGACUUUUCUGACACACUCUGACCCUUCCUGCAGUUUUCUAUCAGGCUGGAGACGAUCAGACAACCAUGCCACCUCCAGCAGAUAUUGUCAAGGUUGCCAUUGAGUGGCCUGGUGCCAAUGCUCAGCUAAUAGAGAUGGACCAGAAAAGGCCUUUGUCCUCCAUUGUUCGAGAAGUAUGUGAUGGCUGGUCUUUGUCAGGCUCAGAACAGUUUGCGCUGCGUUACGCUGAUGGUCCUCAGCUCUACAUCACAGAGCAGAGCCGUGGAGACAUCAAGAAUGGCACCAUCCUUCGAUUAGCAAUUUCUCCAGCUCGUGCUGCGCGUCAGCUCCUGGAGAGGAUCCAGUCCCACAGCAUAGAUGCUCGCCUGGAGGCUCUGAAAGAGCUGGCCAAGCUGUCUGCAGACCCGACCUUUGCUGCAGAGUACAUCAACAUGGAGGGCAUUGGGACUCUGGCUCGCCUUGUGGAGAGCGGCACCCACUUUGGGGAGAUGUUGGCCUUCACUCUCACUGCCUUCCUGGAGCUGAUGGACCAUGGAAUUGUGUCCUGGGAUCUCAUCUCCAUCUCCUUCAUCAAACAGAUUGCGGGCUACGUGAACCAGCCGAUGGUGGACGUGUCCAUCCUGCAGCGCUCUCUGGCCAUCCUGGAGAGCAUGGUGCUCAACAGCCACAGCCUCUACCAUCGAGUGGCCCAGGAAAUCACCGUGGGACAGCUCAUCGGGCACCUGCAAGUGUCAAACCAGGAGAUCCAGACGUACGCCAUCGCUCUCAUCAACGCUCUUUUCCUGAAGGCUCCAGAGGACAGACGGCAGGAAAUGGCGAGCACUUUGGCACAGAAACACCUUCGCUCCAUCAUCCUCAAUCAUGUAAUCAGAGGAAAUCGCCCAAUCAAAGCUGAAAUGGCGCAUCAGCUUUAUGUGCUGCAGGUUUUGACCUUUAACCUUCUGGAGGAGCGAAUGAUGACCAAAAUGGACCCAAAUGAUCAGGCUCAAAGAGACAUCAUUUUUGAGCUGCGCAGAAUUGCCUUUGAUGGAGAAAGUGAUCCCACCGGUACGGAGAAAAGAAAGGCCACGUACACCAAGGAUUACAAGAUGUUGGGAUUCACGAACCAUGUCAAUCCAGCCAUGGAUUUUACCCAGACUCCUCCUGGGAUGCUUGCUCUGGACAACAUGCUGUAUUUAGCCAAGGUUCAUCAGGAUACAUACAUUAGGAUUGUCUUGGAAAACAGCAGCAGAGAGGAUAAGCACGAGUGUCCAUUUGGCCGCUGCGCAAUUGAACUCACUCGCACACUGUGUGAAAUACUCCAGGUCGGAGAAUUACCGAAUGAGGGUUGCAAUGAUUAUCACCCCAUGUUCUUCACCCAUGACCGAGCGUGGGAGGAGUUCUUCUGCGUCUGCAUCCAACUGCUUAAUAAGACUUGGAAGGAGAUGAGGGCCACGUCAGAGGACUUCAACAAGGUGAUGCAGGUGGUGCGUGAGCAGAUUACGAGGGCUCUGGCAAUGAAACCAUCAUCUAUAGACCAGCUGAAGAAUAAACUGCGAGGCCUCAACUAUUCCGAGAUUCUGCGUCUGCGGCAGUCAGAAAGAAUGAGCCAGGAUGACUUGCAUUCUCCACCUAUCAUCGAGCUGCGGGAAAGAAUUCUGCCCGAGAUCCUAGAGCUCAUUAAGCAGCAGCGACUAAACCGGCUCUGUGAGGGAAGCUGCUUCCGUAAACUUGGGAACCGCCGGAGGCAGGAAAAGUUCUGGUUCUGCAGACUUUCUCUGAAUCACAAAGUGCUGCACUAUGGAGACUUGGAUGAGUCACCUCAGGGGGAAGUGCCUUUCGAGCUGCUUAGUGACAAGAUCCCGGUCUCAGAUAUCAAGUCUGUGUUGACGGGGAAGGACUGCCCUCAUAUGAAGGAGAAAAGUGCUCUAAAGCAAAACAAGGAGGUGCUGGAGUUGGCUUUUUCUGUCCUCUACGAUCCAGACGAAACCCUCAAUUUUGUUGCACCAAACAAGUAUGAGUAUUGCAUCUGGACUGACGGGCUUUGUGCGCUCCUGGGCAGAGAAAUGGGCAGUGACCUGACACGCAGCGACCUAGAUACUCUUAUCAGCAUGGAGAUGAAGCUCCGUCUGCUCGACCUUGAGAAUAUCACCAUCCCAGAAGCACCGCCUCCUGUGCCUAAGGAGCCAAGCUCAUAUAACUUCACCUACAACUACAGCUGAAGCGUGUGUAUGUGGUUGCAGCGCAUGCAUGUUUGUCACAUAUGAACUCCAUCAUCAUUCGUUGUCAAGGGAUGAAAGGUUAGGCACAGCAUCUGGAGUAAACAGACAAACAAAAAAAUCCAGCACUUAAUGGAGGAGUGUCCAAUUCCAAGUGUAGAGGGCCACUGUCCCUUACCUCCCUCUGUUUACCUGGAUCAGGUGUGUUCUGCCAGGAAUGAUGAUAAAGGCAGGACAGUGGCUCUUGAGGACUGCAGUUAGACACUUUCGGUUCUGUAUCUGUGGACAAACUGAGUUUUAAAACUGUGAAUAUUGUCACAGGGAGGUCAGGGUCAUCCCGAUCCACUGAGUGGUUCUUAUAGAAGUCGAUGUCAGGGCUGGGAAUUUGCGAAUAACUGAAAGGCAAGGCACAAGACGCAGAUGGAUGUACAUUUAAAAUAAAUAAAAACAGAAUCAGCAAAAACAAAAAAAAGUAGAACUAGAAAAUCUUCAACCAGAAAUCGUGACACAAAAGGCUGGACAAAGAAAAUGGUGACUAUAAAUAAAUGAAAUGGGUGGUGAUGUCACUAAUUCUGUUUUGAUGGCUUUAUAACCAUCAUCAUCUUCACAGGAUUAACUUCACUGAACCCCACCUUUCCUGAAAAAAGAUUGGACAACCAGCCUGGCAGUUGCUGGAACUCACCCAGUAAAGGCCAAUAUAAAUCUGAAGACUUUAGAGCCUUCUGUCGCUUAAAAAACAUCACUUUUAUUUUGGUGCUGUUCUAAUCGCAAACAUAAAAGUUAAACAAUGAAUUUUAUUUAUAAAAAAAGGCGUUUGGUUUUUCCCUCGAAUAACUAUCGUUGUAGUAUUUUUAUAUAAAAUCAUCAACAACUUCCUUUUUUACAAAUAAAAUCUAAAGGUUAAAAAAGACCCCAAAGCAAAUAGGUUCAUAGAUCAAGAGAUUUUCUUUUCUUUAAAAAUUUUUUUUUUGCUUUUGGGCAGCCACAGUCUGUGAGUUUCCAUAACGGGCAUAGUUGGGAGCCAGUUGUGCACAACGCUACGUGUGAUGAGGUUCUUCUUAGCAGCGAAUAAAUAAAUCACUCUAAAAUAAGUUGACCAAGCCAGCAGACUCCAAAUGUCCAACAAAGGGAUUUUAUUGAUCCCAAAACAAUAAUCAAAGAAAACCAUCCCACUGAUUCUGGGAGAGCCUGUUGCUACCACUGCAACCAGGACUGCUCACUUUCAACUGGGAAAAGUUCACCCCAUAUAAAGGCUUAGCCCCUCCCACAGGCCAAUUAACCAAACACUUCCUUAAAACAAAUUCCUGGAGGAUUCUUAAACAUAACACUAAAAUUACAGAUAUUUAACAAAAAAAGAUAGUAACAAUUGGAAUACACAUAUAGGUUUGAAACAAAAUCAAUUAGACAGAAAGGGGAACAAAGCAAAAAAACAUUCUGGCAUGUGAAGUCACUUCCUGUUUCCUGUGGAUAUGUUGAUGUGUACAAUGCUUUGGUUUGUCUGUUUGUGGAGUUAAACCUAGAUGGUGAGUAAGAUUCUGUUUAGAACCAAGUGUGCACUCUUAGAAUUCAACAAAAUUUGAAAUGUGAGGGAUUUGUCUGCCUGGGUGUGUGCAUGUGUCCAGGAAAACUAAACUGCUACUGGGCUGGGAGAAAAGAGACAAAACAAACAAUUGAGGCUGUCCUGCAACCUGUGACGCUACUUCGUCACACUCCGUCUCCCAUGAUUCUUAGCAUUGUUUUAGAGUCUCAGAAGAAAGCCAAGACUUGGCUUUUUUACUAAAAGACAAGUUUGACAUUAAAAUUAAAACAAAAGGAUCUUAACUGGAGCCAAGUCUGUUCACAAGAUCACCACUCAGUGGUUUGUAACAAAAACAAAUCAGUUUUUUUAGAAAAAAAACCUACCUAGAGGCUGGCUCCAAAAGUCUUUUUCAUCUUUGUGGUUUGCUGUAAUACUCAUGGAAACUUUUAAACAUUUGAUGUUGGAAAAAUCCCAACUGGUUGCAUGGUCUUCCGAUUGACAUGUAAAUGUCAGAUCGAUGGCUCUGAAUAAAUCCGGCCUUCUGGCCGUGUGUUCUUUCAGCUAUCAGGCUUGUUUGUUGGUCCUUAUUUUUAGUUUUAUUUUAUUUUAUGUGGGGUUUAGUAACAUUAGAGUUAACUAAGAGGUAGAACUAGUGACCUGACCACAAAAUCUGUCUAAAACCAUGGUCAAAAGGAGACACAAAAACUUUUUAUUAUUAUUAUUAUCAAGUCAAAAAACAGCUGUAGUAUUUAAAUUAGGCCAGGUAUGAACAACAAAGAGGGAACUGGUAUCAGUCCAACAACUACAAUAAAAAAUUAAACAUUAUAAAAUCCCUAAAACAAUGUAAAGAAAAGUGUAAUUUCCUUAGAAUUUAAUUAAAUAUGGUAAUUUUUGUAUGUAAGCAGCAUCUUUUGCUAUUUGCUUCUCACUUUAGGACACCUGGGCAUCAUUUCUGCUGCUCUACUCCCAAAAAGUCUAGGAGGAAUAGAACAUUUAUGAAAAAAAUAUGAAAUCUGUUUUCCACCCCCAUCUUUUUAUUUUGGAAAAAAAAGCACUUUGGUCUUGUCAUGUGGUCUUUGUAAUGUUUGGCAUCCUAAAAUGAAGUAACUUUCAUUCUCAUUUAAAGCCCGUGCUCUAUAAAUUACUGCUUUACAUCCAAGGAUUUCAGCUGAACAAAACAGCUUCACCAGGCUUCUCAUUACAGUCUCGUUAGUUUAUUACAGUCUCAUUAAAGGUCUGAUUAUUAAAUAAAAAAAGGCAAAAAUACAGUGAGAACAAAUGAGCGCAAAGGAGAAAUGAAUUCCCAUCACGAAUUAGAUGCAUUAUUAAAUAUAAUAUGAAUGCCAAAACAACACAUCUACAAAGUCAAGGCUUUGAAAAUUAGAUAGCUUUUUUAUCACAAGGAAUUUUCCCAUUUUCAGAUCAAAUCCAGCAUCCACCUGUCCACCAGAUUCAGCAUCAGAUUUCCACACCCUUUAAAUCAAUCCCACAACAUCUGGAGCAGAUUAUUAAAAUGAUACAUGGCUGUGAUGCUUUUGGUGUCCUUAAGUGUGUCUCUGUGAGUGCCUGACUGGAAAGUUCUUUAACUUUUCUACAUGUCGUUGAAUGUAAAGAUUAAUGCAUUUCAGGAGCUAUCGGCUCCUUUUUAAUCCGAAUAACUGAUGUCAUGUUGAAAACACGACUCAUUUCAAUCCUAUUCACUUCAUUGCCUUAUUACUCACUGACUCACUCCAUAGUAAAAAUAACUGUUGUAUGUGGUUUUUCUUUGUUUUUAUGACAAAUAUGUAAAAAAAAAAGAUAUAUCACUGUAUGACGGAGGUGUAGCAGAUGCAAACGAUGUAAUGGUUGAAUGUUUCUGCCCAUUCAAAGGUGUUAAUGGUAAUACAGUUAACCAUUGGUGUCAGUUGUACUUAAAUAUUUAGAUUUACGAGUUUGCAAUGUGGUAUUAAACAUUUAUUACCUGCUUGCAAUCUGUAUAGUGUGUGUAUGUGAAGCAGGAAAAAAAAAGAACAUGCAUUUGGGUAGACCAAUCAGCACAUUUAGUUGUAAUAUUACACAAAGAAAGAGGAAAAACCCUCCUUAUGUUAGACUGAAGCUACCAGAAACUCAAAACACUCAAAUCAUACAACAUUGAAGCAAAUUCGAUGCCUAAAAAAUGUGCUAUUUAAGCUGUUUAGACAUAGAGGGUACUGACAGGACAGACUUCAUACUGCAUGCAGCACAUCUUAAAAGGUGCAUAGCACAAAGCCGUAACAUCAUUUUUUACAAGGUAGGAACAGGGACUGGCUGUCUUUACCGCCUUGAAAAGGAUGCAAAAAUGUGGAGUUCUGAAAACAGUAAAAAGUCUGCUUUUGUUUUGCAUCCAUGUCGAGUUUUGACCAAAAAAAGGACUACCUUUAUUAACUAAAAUCAGCUAGUUAGUCAUUUAAAGUAUUUAUGGCACAAUCAUCGCUUUAACAUGAAGUGUGUGUCUGCAUUUUGGUAACUAGUUACUGUGAUGUGAAGAAAAAACAAGUUUGAUGGUAGGCCUUUCUUGUGUGUUUUUAACUGGACGCCUUUGUGUUUGAACUGCUUAGAAUAAUCAAAGGCUUGACUUCAGACAUUCUUGAAAGGCAUAACUGCUUUGUAAUCCACAUUAUGGUUUUGGUGCCAAGAAAACAUAUGAUUAAAUAAAGUUUAUUAAUAAAAUAAAUAAAUAGCUGUAAAUUGACUUUAACACUAAAGACAUGGAAUGUGUUACUUGAUGACAUUUUCUUAGUUACUGGUUUAAAAACUUUCUCCUGUUUGGUUGUUAACUACAUGUAAUCACAGCUGCGACUUGCUUUUGCACUAUAGAGUUAUAUUUUUGUAAAAGAUUGCGCAUGUUUGUGAAGAGACUGAGUGAAAAGCUGACAGUGUUUUAACAUCUUACCACUUGGUACGGUUCCUUAAACGUGCUUACUCUACCUUGAAACUGAAUUCUUUAUCAUCCAAUGCUUAUGAAGUUGUUUUUUUUCCUCAGAAUGUAACAAUUCAGCAGUUUUAAUGAUGUCAGAUGGUAAGGCAGUGCAAAAAAUAUACUGUUAAUGCUGUUUGUGAAAUGAAUGUGUUGGAAUUUUAGUUGUCUGCCUGUCUUACUUUUAAAAAGAUAAAAUACUGUUCUGCUGUG